UGAGGAUGAGGGGAAAAGGGAGGAAACCAGGUACAGAGAUUUAUUUUCUCUAAAAGAGGCUUGGGAGGAAUGACUUCUCUACAUAGAGCAGCCCUUCCCACAGACUCCAGCCCUGUCUAAGUUUCCCAGGAAACCAAGAAACGAAGCUUCCGGAAAGCAUAAGACAGAUUUGAAAGGAGAAUUCUGACUCUCCCAAGUCUCCUGGUUCAGUCUAAGGGUCAGGAAAGCAUUCCAGUGUCCAGACCUACACACAAAAUCCUCCCUCUCUCAGGACAGCCAGGACAUGCCACCUAAGACCAAAGAAAAAGGAAGGAAAGCUGGAGCACAGAAGAAGAAAAAGAACUCGAGUGCUGGGCAGAUGUGGAGGCCGAGGCCAAGCACAGGCUGAUGGUGCUGGAGAAGGAACUGCUUCUGGACCACUUGGCUCUGCGGAGGGAUGAGGCCCGCAGAGCCAAGGCUUCUGAAGAGUUGCUAAAGCAGAGGUUGCAAGGGUUGGAGGCAGAACUCAAAGAGGCCCGAAGUGAAGAGAAGGCCAUCUAUGCAGAGAUGAGCCGCCAGCGCCAGGCCAUACAGGAGGAGUUGGAGACCCGAAGCAAGCACCUAGAAGAAGAAGUAAGGGGUCUUCAGGAGCAGCUAGAGAUGUGCCAGAAGGAGGCUAAGGCUGCAAGGGAAGAGGCUGAGCAAGCCCUCAGAGAACGGGACCAGACCCUGACUCAGCUUAGGGCCCGUUUGGCAGAUGUGGAGGCCAAGUACGAGGAAAUCUUCCAUGGCAGCCUGGACCAGCUCUUGGCCAAACUGAGAGCUGUUAAGCCUCGCUGGGAUGGGGCCGUGCUGAGACUCCACACCAGGCACGAGGAGCAGCUGCGCCAAUUUGGCCUCAACCCUCUAGAUCUUUGAGGCUGCCAACCUCUACUCUCUGAGACCCAGCAAUAAAGUGUUUUGAUGUUGAACCCAA